AUGAUCCCCACUUGGGAUUCAAUCGCCAAAGCAUCCAUUACAUCCUUCAAUCACCCUUUCUUUGCAGCUUCGGCGCCAUCUAGCCCGUCGCACCGUCACCUUUAUACACCACCUACUAUACCUGAAUGUGAUGAGUCUGAUACUUCUACCGUUGAAUCUAGUCAGUGGUUGAACUUUCAAGCCUUUGCAGCUUCUGCUAAAUCAUCGGUCUCUCCUACAUUGAACUUUCUGAAACCUGUAAUUGAUGAGCAGCAUAACAUGCUUCCUGAAAACAGAAUGCAAGAGAUGAGGAUUUCUGAGCCGGAGUUCGGAGGUCAAGUGGUGAAGCCUUGGGUUGGAGAAAGGAUUCAUGAAGUGGGAUUGGAUGACUUGGAGCUUACUCUUGGAAACGGAAAGGCGCCUAGUUAA